AUGUUUAAGCACUACCGAGGGCGAAAGCGAGACCGUUUACUGCUACUUUACGGAAAAGCAAUUAAGGACUAUCUACAAGCCACUUUAAAGCAAAUGCUUGUAAAAGCUUAUUAUAGCGUCGAGCUAGUAAAACGCUAUUACGUCCUUAUGCGACGCGCCUUUAAGAUCGUUAUAAAAGAGCUAUUAAAAGCCUUAAAAGAGGACCGGCUUCAAAUGGCUAUCAAAGCUAUUAACGACACAGCGGGACUUAAUGGCUUGGUCUUUACUUUUCUCGUUUUUGGCACUUUACCGAAGUUGACGGAGCAAGAUCGACUUGCCGCGUUUACUUAA